AUGGCGGUUUCAAGGACAAGAAGAAGCAGCCAUUUACGUUACAUGAAUCUCUUGUCUUUCUUCUUCUUCCUCCAUUGCUGUCAGUGUCACUCCCAUGGGCUAACCAGCGAGCAGGAACUUGACAGAAUCUCUGCCCUACCGGGCCAGCCGCCGGUCACAUUCUCUCAGUUUUCCGGCUAUGUCACCGUCAAUGAACAACACGGCCGCGCAUUGUUCUACUGGCUCACUGAGGCCGCCGGCGCCGCUUCUCCUAGAUCCAAGCCCCUCGUCCUUUGGCUCAAUGGAGGACCAGGCUGUUCAUCAGUAGCCUAUGGAGCUUCAGAAGAGAUUGGUCCCUUCAGGAUUAACAAAACUGCUUCUUCCCUCUUCCUCAACAAGUACUCUUGGAAUAGAGAAGCAAAUAUUCUGUUCCUGGAAUCACCAGCUGGAGUUGGAUUUUCCUACACAAACACAAGCUCUAACCUCAAAGAUUCUGGUGAUGCAAGGACGGCUCAGGAUGCUUUGGUUUUCCUCCUCAGAUGGAUGUCAAGAUUCCCUCAGUACAAGCACAGAGAGUUCUACAUCUCUGGCGAAAGUUAUGCCGGACACUAUGUACCUCAGCUAGCAAAGAAAAUCCACGACUACAACAAAGCACACUACUCCAACAAAAAGCCCAUCAUCAACCUCAAAGGAAUCAUGGUAGGUAACGCCGUGACGGACAACUACUACGACGGGAUCGGCACGGUGACCUACUGGUGGACACACUCCAUGAUCUCCGACCGAACCUACCGAUCCAUCCUCAACCACUGCAACUUCGCGGCGGAGAAAACCUCGAAGCAGUGCGACGACGUGGUGGGGUACGCGAUGAACCACGAAUUCGGCGACAUCGAUCAGUACAGCAUCUACACUCCUUCGUGCAAGCACCCCAAGAGCAACGAGAACGUGACAAGCAGUAGAUUUCUCCGGAUGAAGAGCACGGUGCUUCACCGGCCCAUUUCGGGGUACGAUCCUUGCACCGAGAGCUAUGCCGAGAAGUAUUAUAAUCGGCGGGAUGUGCAGAAGGCAAUGCACGCCGAUGUGCCUGGAAUUCCCUACAAAUGGACUGCUUGCAGUGAUACGCUGAUCAGGUACUGGAAGGAUUCUGAUUCUUCAAUGUUACCUACUUACAAGGAGCUGGUGGCUGCUGGUUUGAGGAUCUGGGUUUUCAGUGGGGAUACAGAUUCAGUAGUGCCAGUGACAGCAACAAGGUUCUCGCUCAGCCAUCUCAACCUCACAGUCAAAACCAGAUGGUAUCCAUGGAAAUCUGGAAAUCAGGUUGGGGGAUGGACAGAAGAGUAUGAAGGGCUGACUUUUGCAACAGUGAGAGGAGCAGGGCAUGAAGUGCCACUACUUCAACCCAGAAGGGCUUUCAUUCUGUUCAGAUCAUUCUUAGCUGGGAAACAACUACCAAGAUCUUGA